UUUCGAUUUUUCUUCACUCUCCACCAAAUCAAGCAAUUAUUUCGAUUUCGACAGAGUGCUAGCUGAAUUCGAGCAAUUAAUAGUAAUUAGAUAUAUAUUGAUGAAGAUCACUAAAAGGAUGAUGAAUAAAAGCGCCCCUAUUGCCCUCGCCCUCAGAAGAAGUAAAAGAAUAUUGUGCUUUUUGUCAAAUCUACCACAAGAUAUCAUUAGAAAGAUCUUGGGAAGACUUCUCAUUAGAAGCAUUAUGAGGUGCAAGUAUGUUUGUAAAUCAUGGCGCAGUAUGAUAGAAGGGGAAGGGGGUGACUUUGGGAUGUUGCAUACUCCGCAACCAGGCCUGGCUUUCGUUCAUCGAGACAUGGGGUUUGAAGUCUGCGAUGAGGCCUGCGAGCCACUUUGCCACUUCGACUUUCCUCCUCCUCUCAAAAUAUAUUCAACUACUUAUCUCCUUCGUGUCGUAGUUGGUUCAACUAAUGGUUUGAUUUUGGUGUGUGGAAUUGAUGCUCGGCUUUGCGUAUGCAAUCCAAUUACAAGUGAAUAUAUCAAGCUCCCUCUUCAGCCUGCGGAUAGUCACGUAGUUGGAUUUGGCGUGAGCAAAUUAAGCGGGCAAUACAAGAUUAUAUGUGGUGCUCAUGUAUACACUCUAGGAAGAGGAGGAGGGUGUUGGAGAGGCAUUGUUGGGGCAACAGGCCGCCUUCGACUGCCUUGGGAAAAUGCAGUAUUUUUCAACGGAAAUCUUCACUGGUUGACAAUUGAUUCUAAGGAGAAUACCUUGGUUUGUUGCUUUGAUCUUGAAACCGAGCUCUAUAGCAACUUUUCUCUCCCUCCUCCUGAUCACAUUAUUUAUGAUGAUGGAUACCCGUUAUAUUUGAAUGGCGGAUAUCAGCUAUGUGUCUUGGAUGGUCGGUUAUGUUUAUGCGAUAUUGUACAACCUUGUCGUACUGUUAUUUGGCAGAUGAACACCUAUGGGGAUGCGAAUUCUUGGGUAAAGGCAUAUGCGGUAGGUGAUAUCAUUGGAAUUAUUUUGCCGCUCAAAGUUUUUGCAAAUGGUGACUUGUUGUUUGCAAAGUCUGAUGAUGAUCAACUAUAUAUCUACUCCAAAAAGACCGAGCGUCAUGUGAAAAAUGCUCAUCUUCGCCAAUAUAAAUCUUAUUUUUACAACAUCGUCACUUAUAUCCCAAGCUUUCUUUCGCUCACAGCUAUGGGGAUUCCUAAUGUUCAAUCAUUAAGUUUUUAUUAAGCAACAUGUAAAGAUAUUUAUAUUUUCAA